GAAAAACCGGUUAAGUUUGAACAACGUCAGGAUUCUGUACCCUAUAUAAACCAAACUUGGUGACUUCAUAUAACAAAUUACAUAGGAAAACAAUUAUUCAAGCUGACGUUAUAAAGUUUUGGAAAAUGAAUAUCAGAUGCUUUCAACAAAUUCUCUCCUCUCAAUUUUCACGAUUAGGAAGAUUAAUAGGAAGACAACCGCUGUAUUUUUUAAUAGUACCUAUUCUCCUAACUGCUCUUUUCUGUCCGAGUGUAGUAAAAUUGAAAAUUAAUAGAGAUGCAGAUUAUCUGUUUAUGGCUCAGAAUGGAAGAGCACAUCGUAGUAAAAAUAUUGUAGAAUCUCUUUUUCCUAUGAAUACGUCCGAAUUCUUUGAUGUUGCUCGCAUACUAGAAAGAAAAGAUAUAAUAAUUUUACAAAUAAUUGCUAAAGAUGGUGGAACAUUGCUUAAGGAAGAAAUAUCAAAAGAAAUUAAACGAUUAGAUGAAACUGUACAAAAUAUAACUGUAAAUUCAGAAGUUAGUAUUGUAAAAUAUACUGAUCUAUGCGCUUUUAGAUUAAAUAAGUGUUUACGCAAUUCAUUUUUACAAAUGAUGUCUCAUUUUGAAGAUAUAAGUAAAGGAAGACAAAAUAUUAAAUUUCCUUUACAUAUAGAUAACGUUACAUUUUAUUUUGAACCGUCUAUGUUAUAUAUAGGAAACGUUGAUGUGAAUAAACAAGGUUUUGUCAGAGAGAUAAAAGCAGCUAGAUUAUUUUAUGGUUUAGAUACUAAUAAUUCGACAAAAACUAUAUUAAUUAAUCAAUGGCAAAGAAAGUUCGUUAAAAUGAUUGAAUCUAAAAUCUUUGACAAUAUAAUUGUAAACAUUUUAUCGUCGGAAGAUGUUGAAGAAGAAUUAGCCGCCUUUAGUCAAAUAGUGUUACCAUUGAUAUCUGUUGUUAUUGCUACUGUUUCUGUAUUUUCUUUUAUUAGUUGCAUGUCUAAUGAUUGGCUUAGAAGUAAACCUUGGCUUGGUAUAUCUGCCUGCAUUUCUGCUGGAUUGGCUAUCAUUUCCGGAUAUGGACUCACGUUAUACAUGGAUAUUGAAUGUUUAGAUUUUAUUCCAGCUUCUGCUUAUAUUGUUUUAAGUACAGAAAUUGAUGAUGCUUUUGUACUAAUAGCAGCGUGGCGAAAAACAGAUUCUAAAAAAAGUGUGGAAGAAAGAAUGGGUGAAACAUUUUCAGAAGCUGCAAUUUCGAUUACAAUAACGUCUCUCACAAAUAUUAUAUCAUUUUGUAUUGGUGUAUCAUCUCCAUUUCCCAGUAUGAGAAUAUUUUGUUCAUUUAGUGCCAGCGCUAUGUUUUUUACAUAUAUUUAUCAAUUAACAUUUUUUGGAGCCUGUAUUGCACUUAGUGGCUAUCGUGAGAAACACGAGCUUCAUCCUUUUACUUUUAGGAAGUUAUCUACAACCGAACAGAAAAAAGAAGAAUCUAAACGGGAGGACUACUUUAUGGCAUUUUUCAGAGAUAAGUUGGGAGAUAUUUUAAUAAAUAAUAAAGUAAAAGCUGUAGUAAUUAUAGCAUUUAUGCUUAAUCUCGGAAUUGGUAUUUGGGGUUUAUUAGAAAUUCAUCCAGGGGGUAAUAUAUUCGAUCUUUUUAAACAUAAUUCUUCGGUUACAUGUUUUGCAAAUUCGUUAUAUCAAGAUUUUGGAAAGUAUUCAUAUCCAGUGCAUAUAGUAUUUAAUCAACCAUUAAAUUAUGCAGACGAAAAUGUACAGAAUGCAAUUGAAGACAUAAUUAAGAAAUUUGAAGAACAUCCACACAUUGCAGAUUCUUCGUUAAGAUUAUCAUGGUUAAAAUAUUAUAAAUUAUUUAUGACUCAUCCAAUCGGAAAAUUUCUACUUCGAGGAUAUAAUAUGACUGACAAACAAGAUUUUAUCGAUGGUUUACGUUUUGUAUUUUUGAAAUUUCAUCAGGCAAAAGAAUUUGCACUGGAUAUUGCUUUCAAUGAAAAUUUUACUGAUAUAAUUGCAAGUCGAUUUCUUAUUCCUACCAUGGAUAUAUACAAUCAAGAUACCGAAUUGCAACUUUUGAAAGAUCUUAACGAUAUUGUUGACAAUUCACCGAUUCCAAUAAUUAUACAUAGCUUUCUAUUCCAUUUAUUAGAACAAGCAAAUAUUAUUAUGGGUAUGACUGUUCGAGUAGCCUUAUUAAGUGCGGCACUAAUAAGCUUAAUAUUCUUUAUAUUCGUGCCAAAUUUUACUUGUUCUCUCUGUGUAUCUUCAAUAAUAUUUUGUAUUAUAUUAGAAACAAUAGGUUACAUUAGUUUAUGGAAAGUUAGUUUGGAUAUGUUAACUGUAACCAUAUUUAUUUUAUGUGUUGGAUUUUCUAUAAAUUAUCCAACACAUAUUUCUUUUGUUUUCACAAGAACUGAUAAUUUGAAUUCGAAUGAAAGGAUAAAAAAAGCAUUAUAUGAAGUUGGUUUUCCAAUUAUGCAGGGAUCCUUAUCAACUAUUAUAGGAGUAUUAGUUUUAGCGUUUUUACCAUUCUAUGUAACGCAAGGAAUUUUUAAAUUUAUUUUUUUGAUAGCUUUACAAACUGCAUUUCAUUCAUUAUUUGUCAUUCCAGUAUUUCUUAGUAUUUUAGGAAAAUUUGACAAAUCCUUAUCGUUUAAAGAUGAACACUUACCAUCGAAGAAAGAAUUUACUUUGAUAAAAAAUAAUGCUGAAAUAUUCGAAAGAGAAUGUGUUUUAUAAUAAAAAAGAAAUUCAAAUAUCAUAAUUAUGAAGUUCACCUAUGUAAAUAUCAUGUUAUCACUUAUAUUCAAAUAAAUAAUUCUAACACUUUUAUACAA